GCGUCAUCCGGACGGCGCUGCCCAACAUGGACCGAGAGGUGAAAGACCAGUACAUUUUGGUCAUCCAGGCCAAAGACAUGGUGGGCCAGAUGGGUGGCCUCUCAGGCACCACCUCUGUCACGAUCACUCUUACCGACGUCAACGACAACCCGCCACGCUUCUCUCGUAGUAAGACUGAGUCCUUUAUGCUCUGUGCGUCACUGACACUGACAACAUGCAAUCUACUGUGUCUCUCUCCCUCUCAGACAAAGCCCUGAACCCCUCCAUUCACUGUCAUCUCAGUCUCACUAUAGUGGAGGUUUGACAUGAAUCUCUAAAAUCACUCUCAUUCACAAUGACAGUUUAGGGGAGAAAGUUUUGAGUGAAAAUGUAGGCUAUACUUGAUAUUGCAGAUUCAUUUAACCACAGUACCCCUUUCAUGUGUAUGUGUAAUUUUGCUCAACAUUGUGUAUCUCUCCAUCUGUUCAUCAGGCUGUUCACAGCACAUGUAUGACUUUUAUGGUCAAAGGCUUCAAAUGAAGGUUGCCCUAGGAGGUAUAAACCUUUUUCCUUCUCCCCUCACUCCACAUCAGAGCAGGGAAUGAGGGGAGAACGUGGAUACCAGGAUCAGGCUAACAUUGUUUUGUUGUCAUCAGCCUAUUUCACGGCCCGCUAAUUAGUUCCAGGCCAGGCGUUGGGAUUCAAAGGCGUGAGGUGCUUCUCAUGAUAAUCUGUGGCCUCCGCAAUUGCUUUACCGCUGAUAGUCCUACGACCGGCCGUUUUAACCCACCACUGUUGUGCUAGGAAGAAAGAUGCUUUGGGACCAGGCAUGGGUCAGAAUUAAUAGAGUAUUACACAGCACCACAGCUUAUAGAGUCUAGAAACACUAGCCCUUGGAUGAUAGGAAGGAAGAGGAGGCUGGAGGGAGGCACAAGGACAGAGGGGAGAGGCGGUUGCCAGGGGGCAAAGAGGAGCGUACACAGUAUGAGGGGAGGGGAGGAAAUCAUUUUUAUUUUUUAUUUUAUGGAGCCGCUAUUCCAUGGCGAAUUAAAAAGCCAUUGUGUAGCAAACAAUGUCAGGAGCGCAAUGUCGGGAACCACUGGGGUGAGGAACACAGAAAGGUCUGGUAAUAAGCUCUGCCAUAGUGAUUGGGAAGAUUAUGAUUAUGAAGUUGAUUCCCUCCUUUUAUUCUUAUGCUUUAAGUCAGGGAAGUUCAGACAAAUACUUUGGGAACACAAAGGGAGGGUUUGCAUGUAAUAGAAUCUUCCAGUGGACAUUUCAUCCCACCAAAACAUAUUACGCAGGGAUCGGGACUCUUCCAUUCACUUUGGUCAAGAGAUAUUAUGUUUCAUGUAGCGUGGAGUGGUCAGAAUGUGUAAUACAUUGUCAUGUGAAUACAAACAACUCCAUUGUUUUAAAAGUUGUAAGGUUCAAGAAAAAAAUAUUUGCCCAUUCGAUCAUAAAUUUAUUAAAAUGUAAAACUACUCAUUAAAUAUAAAUUGUCACUAUUUCCUCUUUAAAAAUGAAGAAAAAAAACGAAUCCAUGAAUUUGCUGUUUGACCAGUCAUUGUGAGAGAGGGAAAUCACAAGCAGCUGGGGGGUACUAUAAAUCUGAGCUGCUAAGGAGUAAGGAAACCACCUCAUCUCUAACCUCUACUCUCUCCACCAGAGAACUAUCAGUACACGGUGCUGGAGUCCUUGCCUGUGGCAUCCGUGGUGGCCAGGGUCAAGGCUGCGGAUGCAGACAUAGGCCCUAACGCAGAGAUGGAGUAUAGGAUCAUGGAGGAUGGACCUGGGGUGUUCAACAUCACUACAGACGAGGACACGCAAGAUGGCGUCAUCAUCCUUCAAAAGGUACACAUGCAGAGAUUUUGUAUCCGUCCAAAAUGGAUGAGACAAAUCUUUUUCUAUGGAGCUCAUACAUUGAUGGACACUAUUGUUUUUACGCAUGCAACACUUCCGACUUUGUCCGUCAAACUUUUGGCCGUCAAAAACAAAUAGUGACGAAUGCAUAUUUUUCAUCCGUUUCCAUCCAUCUCUGUCUGGCCAUGGCCUUACACUGUCCAAAGCUGAUGAUGACUCACUCUGAGAAUAUGAUGGGAUGCUAUGGUGAAGUAGAGUUGUGUAAUAUUAAUGCUUUGAUGUCUUGCUUCAAUUGCAUUAUAGGCAUGCUUUUUUUCAGCCUAUAGCACUCAUAAACUUUACUUACUUUUUACUUAGUGGUCAAAAUAUAGAACGUUAUUGCUAUGUCAAUAGUUUAUUUACUUGUAGGCUAUUUUAGUGUUUUUUUUGGGUUUAAAAGGGUAUCCCCAGGCCACUCAAGAAUUUGAGACAGUCUCUAGACGCCAUGAUACUUUGUAGCUAUGAGAGCUAUUGUUGGCCCCAAGCCAGUUUUGUCACAGGGUCCAAUCUGAUCUUUUGUUUGUUUUCGCCAUCAGCAGUCAUAGACGAGUACCACAGAGUGGAAAGUCAUACCGACAAUAAACACAGACAAUAAAUGUAUCACAUCAAUGUCCUAUGUUAUAGGGCUACAACUGUGAGUCCAAUAAGCCAAACAUAUGACAACAUAUCUUCUAAACACUCACAUUUUGAAAUGUCUUUCACCGUGAUGUGUUGUGUGCCUUUUCUCGCAAUCAAUAGUUUGCUUCACACUACAUAGUAAGUCAAUAUAAAAAUGUCUGGAUGAAAGAUGUAUUUGUGAGAGUCUGAUUAUGUGCAAGGUUGCAUAGGGUCAUUGGACUCUAGCACCUGCAUUUCUUCAGUAUACUGGUGUACUACGAGGCCAUGUUGGCAUGAGCGAUGCACAUAUAAAUACAGUAUCUUUAUGGCUUUGCCCUCACCAUUUACAGAAAAUGUGGCCAGUGUUUAUAAAUCAGGACAUGCUUUACCUUGAUUGGAAGGUCACUCUGUCGAUUUCUGGGAUCCGGCUGACCUAUACUCUCAAGCUCUGUUUUGUAAAGAAAUAUGAAAUAGCUUUUUAUUUUCUUCCUUUUAAUCUUUAUUUGUCUGUCUUUAUUUGUCUGUCUUUAUUUGUCUUUAUUGGUCUUACUUGUUCAGUCGUUAGACUUUGAGACCAAGAACAGCUUUAAUGUGCGAAUCGAAGCCACCAAUCGGAACAUUGACCCUGCGUUCGUGCACCUGGGUUCGUUCAGCGACACAACGUCGGUCAAGGUGGCGGUGGAGGACGUGAACGAACCGCCUGUGUUCUCCACUCAGCUCAGCAGGAUGGUGGUCUCUGAGGACGCCAGAGUGGGCACCUCCAUUGGGAGGGUCUCUGCGCACGAUCCUGACUCCUCCAACAGUGCCAUCAGGUAGAGCCCAGCUCUCCAGUUAUUACACACCAUUACAGCCAAUCUCUCUGUUGUCCCAGCCAUUUUCUGAUGUGGCACCUGUUUCUUAAAACAACUUCACCCAGCUUGGCCCUAUUCAACAGAGUGGUGAAUUCCAAGCCAUUUCACCCGUUUCUUUCAACAUGUUGCUACACCGUCAGGUUGACAGGAGGUCCAAACACCUUUAGAGUAGGACUGUAAAUACCUUCUAACAUCUCAGUAGCGACACAUUUAAGCACCACCUACACAACACACUUAAACCACUAACACCAUGAGUUCUAAACUCCCUCUGUGACUGUGUGACAUGCACUGAAGCCAGAUGGUGUUGUGCUUUUCGAGGGAACGCAACAUUUGCAAAAGUGAAAUGUCAUCUUCAACAAGCGAAGGGCAAUCCCCCAGAAGGGUCAACAGUCUGUACCAGCUCCAUGGCCUUUUUUUUGUUCUAUUUUAUUUUUUAUGGCAACCACAGAAACGCAAUCUGCCCCAUGUCACUCAUGAGACUCCCUCCCAUUAUGCAUUAAUUGAAAAUAAAAAGUGUUGUGUGGUGGUAUUCAUGCUCGGGCGGUUAGGAUUGUUAGUAAUGUUAAACAGAAAAUCUAAUUACUCAGCCAUUGUGGGUGUGGCGGCUCUCAGCGUCUUUAAUAAUAUGGCAUAAUAUGGCCCUACUUCUGGUGAAAUUAGAAUUAUUGUGGAACUAAUGCAACCAAUUACAUUGAGUCAAAUUACAUUGAAUAAUUCCCUUUGGAUAUAGGCUUAUUGAAGUUGUCAUUUUGUCCAGAAAUAUGAGCUGCUGUACAGGACUUCAUAGUGUUUGUUCUGUGUUCAGAGUUAACCCAUCGCUGUCCAGCUUCUAACUUCUAUCUUAAAAAACUUUGAUUGAGAGCAGUUCUCGUCAAAAUCUAAAAGUUGAAGACGGACUGAAAAGCACUCAAAAAGUUAUUAUUCCUCCAAAAGUGUUUCAGAGAUAAAUUAUUACAUGUAAAAUCAAUAAGAACUUUCUACAAAAGGAAAAGACAUAGCUAUGCCUGUCUGUCUGUCUGUCUGUCUGUCUGUCUGUCUGUCUGUCUGUCUGUCUGUCUGUCUGUCUGUCUGUCUGUCUGUCUGUCUGUCUGUCUGUCUGUCUGUCUGUCUGUCUGACUUACUGGCUGUGGAUCGGUCUGUCUCCAGGUACUCCAUAGACAGAAACACAGACCUGGAGCGUUUCUUCAAUGUGGAUGCUCUGAGUGGGGUCAUCAGUACGGCCAAGUCCCUGGACAGAGAGGUCAACUCUGUCCACAACCUCACCAUCCUCGCCAUGGAGAUCCGUAAGAGCACACAUACACACACGUACGUGCGCACACGCACGUAUGCACACACACACUCAAACACACCCACACACAGGUUUCAACAACGACUCUCCACAUCAGGUCUCAAAGUCAGACUAGUCAGUGUUUUAUAAAGGCCCUGCAUAAAGUAUAGUAGUCCCUUCUGUCUUGUCAUACUCACCUCAUUGCCACUGCGUUGUGCCUCCUGCAUUAACGUGACGAGGUGUGUGGGUUGCAGCGGGGCUGUCACUGAAUGUUAAUUCUGACGUAUGGAGGUCACUGCGACCUCCGGGUCUCUGUGAGUCGUGGCGUGUGUGAGGGGCGAGCUGCUGACUAAGGGCAGGUGCAGGCAAUGGUUCACCCGCUGGUGAACUAUGCUAAUGUGAGGAGAGGUGCUGUGAUGCCUUUGACUCAUCCCUCCACGGCUUCAAGGACAAAGUGGCUCACGCAUUUCCCCUGGCCCACUCUGCCCACGCAGACACAAUGGGCAGGAAUCAUCUCACAAGCUCCAUUAAAUGACAUACUAGUUACUCUACUAAGUACCUAUAAUCAGUAUGAGUUUAAAACCACUUAAUGAAGAUACAGUGACAAUUUGAUGUACAUUUUAUCAGUUUUGCACUCAAUGCACAAAUAGUCACAAACUCAAACAUCGUAAUCUUCAUCGCUCAAGUAGAUGCCUUGUGGUUCAACCACACAUAUAGGCCUAAGACGAAUGCUCAAAUGAUUCCUCGUCCUCUUGUCUCAAUGGAGUAACACAUAGGGAGUUAACAUCAUUAAUAAUAACUGAACAAUUUCACAACAGCCCUACACUGAGGAGACGUUGGCCUCUGACACACAGUCAGACUUCUAUUCUCUUUACAGUGGAAAGCAGCAGCUGUAGAAUCAGAAGUCCAGGCAGUCUCUCUCAGAGCCCAGGAUGCCUUAUUACGCUUUUUAUAGUAAAUGGGCUUUUUGUAACGAAAGAGGGCAGAGAAGCACUUCUUCAGGCAUUUGAGCCAUGGACGGACAGUGCUCACAUUUCAUCCGCGCCCAGACUUUGCUCUGAACACGCCAAUGACAACAAGUCUGUGCCCCGGGGUGCCACGUGUCCUUUUUAUUACCGUUAAAUCAGCCGCCCCCGAAUGUCAGCCAACACGAAAUCUCUCCUGUCGGCGUGGCUGCUGACGCCAGGCUAAAUCAUUGUCCAUCCAGGCUUUCAGAAGCCAGCCUUUUAUUCAGUGCUGCAUUGGUGUCAGAGCAGGGAUUGAGCCUGUGGUACAGGAUGGCCUGUGCUACUACACAGUCACUUAGGCUGUGUCUGGGGCUAGGUUGUAACAACCUCAUGAUGGGUAUAGAGAAAAUAUAAUGUAGUAACCUAAACCUAUCAAUGUUACAUUGAGCAUCCAAUAUGCUGUAAUAGAAAUAAGGCCAUGCUCAUUAAAAAAAAUAUCAUCCUCCCUCAUCUUAAACGGCACCGACCGCCACUGCUCUAUAUAGUGCACUAUAAAGGGUAUAGGAUGCCAUGUCGUACGCAUCCCUUUACCACCUAAGCUCCGCUCCAAUCGUAAUUAGCUGCCUGAUCAUGUUGGCUGAUCCCCACCAGAGCAACUAAGGCUGUCAGCUGAUAGUGAAUGCCUUGCAUAUGUCGUCAUGCCGCAUUUUGUUCAUUUUGCUCGACCUUUGUGAUUAAUUAAAAAGACAUGAGAAAGAUCGAUAGUAGGGUAAGUGGAUGAGGGUAAACACAAAGUUAAGUCAGAGUAAAGAAUUGACGGGAACCAGCUAUGAUUAUAAAACCUUGUUUUCUCUCUCUCUCCUGUCUGUCUUCUUCUUCUCUCUCUCUCUCUCUCUCUCUCUCUCUCUCUCUCUCUCUCUCUCUCUCUCUCUCUCUCUCUCUAUCCCUCAUUCUCUCUCGUCCUCUUUCUCUUUCAGAGGAUUCAACACAGAUUGGAAAAGGUUUUGUGGCCAUCACAGUUCUGGACAUCAAUGACAACGCUCCAGUGUUUGCCAUCGAGUAUGAGACCCUCCUAUGCGAGAAUGCAGCUCCUGGA